CAGAAAAGGAACUAAAGCAGCCAAAAAUUAGAGAAUAUUUAUGGAGAGAGGAUCCUACUUUCCAGGAUAAAUCCUCCCUGAUAUAAAUCUGUUCCAUUGGCACUGCAUUUUAUCAGAUCAGUGAGGCAGGCAAAGCACAAGAAGUGACAACAAAGCAGGGAGGAGGAGGACAUCAGGAAGCCUCCUAAUCCUUGCUGUGUUGCCAAAUGAUGGAAAUGUGACAGCUGCCAGAAAAAACUGGGAUCAGAAGUGUUCAUUUCUAAUCAGUCUGGGAAAUUAUACAAAAAGAUCACAACAACACAUGCUUACAGGAUACUCCUCCAGUUUGUCUCUCCGAUGCUGCAGCCUGGAGACAAGCGAUUUCUGCAAGGAGGCUGUGCAAACAUCAUGUGCUGCUGUGUGGAAAGCAGGGGAGGAGGCCAGGAGCAACAGGACACGGGAAGGAGCAUCCGGAACCCACUCCUGACUCCCUCGCUGUGUUUUCUGCUGGGUUCUGCCCUGUUCCAUUCCAGAGGGAAGCUGUUUCCAGGCGCUGGGAGCAGCCCCGCUGGAGGUGCAGGAAACAAGCCCAGCUCUGCUGGGUGAGUCAGCAUCUCUGCUGCCAUCUGGAGUGAGAGGAAAGCCUGAGCAUCUCAUCUACUGCUUGAUCAAGGUUUUUUAAGUGGGCUUUGUUCAAUUAGCCAAGCCAGGCUGAUAUCUGGUGCUCAAGGUCUUGGAAAAUCUCUCUUUGCACCAGGAAAGGUUCCCAUGCUCACCAGGGUAUCCCUGGCUGAUGCUGAGUGUCCUUGAGCUACUGAAAAGUGAGAACAAAUGAAGCAAAAAGGUUUUGGUGUUACCAGCAGGAUUUCUUGAUGUUCUGAGUGGGUUUAAUUGGGAGGUAUUCUGUUCAGAAUGAUGGUAAAUCCAGAAUAACCCUGCUUUAGAGAGAAAAAUGGGCCAAAACCUAAGUGCAUAAAGAGAAUAUUGCAACUGUGGAGCAUAAAUUGCUUGUGGCUGCCAGGCUGGUUGUUAUUCCUGGGUGCCAAUGCCAGUUAGAAAGUCCUGGCUGGAAGAAAGCAGCAAGGCUGGAGAUGUCCAGGAGGAAGAAGAGACAAGCUGUUGUAUAAAAUUGGGAAAACAGAGUUCCAGAGUGGCAGUUUACUUAGCAGGCAACACUGAAAGGAGUGUUUUGGAGGAAUUCCAUCUUUGCCCUGAAUUAUUAACUUGUCUGAAGAAGGGCAAAGAGAGAAAAUCUGGGGGACAGAAACAGAAAUCAAAACUACCCCAAGAAAUGCUGCCUCAUUUCCCUGGAAGGAACGUUGUUCAUUUUACUGUAAAGCUGCUGAUGAUUCUGUGAUCACAGUCAAAGGUCAACCCACCCUUGGUGAUUCUCUGAAAUACAAUCUGUUGGUUCAUCUCAUAAAACAAAAAUACAGUGUGAAGACACUGAGGAGAAUGGUUUACAGAAAAAAACCAACAACCCUUACAACCGGAAAAGGUGAAUUUUGGUGACAUUUGAAUCUCCAUUGUGAGCAAACUGGAUCCAGAUUCCACCAGAGGAAUCUUAAAAUGCAAAAGAAAAACAAGGGACAAGCUGAGCUAAUGACAGAGCUGAAGAAGUGUCAACACCGCAGCCCAGAAAGCUCGAGGUGGCAGGAAUGUUGCUCACAGGGGAUAUGGGAGUCACAGCAAAUACUCUCCUCGAGGCUGGCUGCUCCUGACUAAACAGAGUUUUCAGCAGCAAAAGCCAAAAUCUUGCCCAGAGGCAGUGGAGUGCUCCAGAUGAGUCCCAUGCCUACUCUGGCUGCAGCGGUGAGGGGGAUUUUAUCUUCUGUGACUUCACCUCCCAUAAAGUUUGAGUGGAAGUCACCUAAACUGCCCGUGAGCUCCGUGGAGGGAGGUUGGCACUGAUGUGGAGUUCCUCUGAGGUCCCUUGGACACCUGAGUUUGGGAUGAAUCACCCUCUGGACACAGCAGGAGAGGAAACGGCCUCAAGCAUGUCUUAUUUCUGAGAAUUUACUUCUGCUUAUGGAAAACAAAGAGAAAUUCCAACUGAUGCAUGGAGCUAUCAGGUGUUGGCUAUCAAGCUUUUGCCAGGCAAGGACAGGUUUUUAAAAGCUAUAUCCAGCCUCAGAGUCAAAGCAGGAAUAAAUGGAAAACACAUUGAAAGGAGGAUUAUGUCCAUAUGGACGAGGAUUGACAUCCAUUUCCAGACUGGGAAGAUUGAGUUAUACCAGUUUUGCCUUUGGUUAUCCACCUAAGAUGCCCGUGCAGUCUGGGCAGGAUCUGACUUCUCUUCCCAUCUCCCUGGCUGCUCUGCCAGGUCGGAUCAUGGCAAGGCAAGAAGAAACCAGCUGGAGAUUCCUGGCUCUUGGCUGGGCCUUUGUCACUUCACUGUGACAGUGAGCUCAGCAGAUGUGAGGCCACCUCUGGGGCUGGUAGGCCAGCAAGGUGACAAUUGGUGACUGGAGGUGACCACUGCUCUGCCCUGGGAGACUGACAUGUGUGUGACAGCCGCUCCUCAGCCCUUCUCAAAAUGUUUGUGCAGGAGCAGCCAUAAAUGCGGCUGUAUCGACCCGAAGAUGCAAUCCAAGGCGUUUGAGCCUAGGCCUUAUCUACAUCACCUUAUCAGGAGCCAGAGAGCGAGAUGCACCCCGGGAAGGGAGGAGACUACGCCAGAGGGUUUGGCCUCGUCCCUUCUCUUCUGGCACGGGGAGGGACUGCGGGCAGAGCUGGGUAAUGAUUUGUCAUCGCGAGGAGCGGGGUGUCUCUCCUGCAGAGGAAACCUUGGCCGUGAUUGACAGUGGGGCUGUUUCUGCCACUUCCCCCGCUGUUGUCAAGUAAUAAUGAAGCUUUGUCAGUCCAUCAUGGACAUGGAUAUGCCAGAUUAUGUCGACUCCUUGGACUCCUCUUAUACCAUGCUGGAAUUCGACAACCUCCGCGUGCUCCCCAAUAACACCGAGGCCAUCGCGGCCGAGUCAGCAAACACCAACCUGCUCCCCAACGGUGUCAACUCCCUGUGCUCCAUCUGUGGGGACAGGGCCACGGGCAAGCACUACGGGGCCUCCAGCUGUGACGGCUGCAAAGGCUUCUUCAGGAGGAGCGUCCGCAAGAACCACGUCUACUCCUGCAGGUUCAACCGACAGUGUGUGAUAGACAAAGACAAGAGGAACCAGUGCAGGUACUGCAGGCUGAAGAAGUGCUUCAGAGCUGGCAUGAAGAAAGAAGCCGUGCAGAACGAGCGUGACAGGAUCAGCAUCCGCAGGAGCAGCUAUGAGGACAAUGGCUCUCUCUCCAUCAACAUCCUCACGCAGGCUGAGGCCAUGGCACAGCAGUAUUUAUCCCUGAGCCCCGUGCACAGCACAGACAUUGCCAUGAAGAAGAUCGCCACCAUCAAUGACGUGUGUGAGUCCAUGAAACAGCAGCUCCUGGUGCUGGUGGAAUGGGCAAAAUACAUCCCAGCCUUUUGUGAGCUCCCCCUCGAUGACCAGGUUGCCUUGCUCAGAGCCCACGCAGGGGAACAUCUGCUCCUCGGGGUAGCCAAGAGGUCCAUACCCUACACUGACUUCCUGCUCUUAGGGAAUGAUUUCAUCAUCCCAAUGCACUGCCCAGAGCUGGAAAUUGCUCGUGUGGCCACCAGAAUCCUGGAUGAGCUGGUGAAGCCCCUGCGGGACAUCCAGAUCGAUGACAAUGAGUACGCCUGCCUGAAAGCCAUCAUCUUCUUUGACCCAGACUGCAAGGGGCUGAGCGAGCCGGGCAAGGUGAAGAACAUGCGCUUCCAGGUGCAGGUGAACCUGGAGGAUUACAUCAACGACCGCCAGUACGACUCGCGCGGCCGCUUCAGCGACAUCCUGCUGCUGCUGCCGCCCCUGCAGAGCAUCACCUGGCAGAUGAUCGAGCAGGUGCAGUUCGUGAAGCUCUUCGGCGUGGCCAGGAUCGACAGCUUGCUGCAGGAGAUGCUGCUGGGAGGAACCUCUGCUGAUCUCCAGUACCAGGCAGCACCUCCCAACCUCAACCUGGAGCCACUGCCAGGACACGUCCUGCAAAGCAACAUGACCUCUGUGAUCCACGCUGCUCCAGACCCAUCUCCUGAGACAUCCCUUCCAUCUCCUUCUGCCAGCACAGGCAGUGAAGACUAUAAACUAGGCUCUAGCGCAGGGCCCAGCACCGUAGUGCAGCUGCUGCCUCAGACAGCGAUGCCCAAGCAGGAGAUUUUAUAGGCAGAGGAGGAAGGAGGAGCUGGGAGCAGAUGGGAUCCGUGCUGACAGUGAACCGGGCCCUUUCUCUUUGCAGAGGCCAAGCACAGCACGCCCCUGCCCGCAGCCGGAGCCGCUCCCAGCCUCGCCCGCCCCUGAGCCGGGACAGGCACGGCCUGCAGAGGAGCCUCGCCUCGGGACUGCCUCCAGCAGCACCCCCUGCAACAAGGACUGGGCUCGGUGCCCCCCUCAGCAGGGCCAGGACUGGCAGCUCUCCGGGUUUUGUGUUUGUGACCGUGGCUCGGGACCCUCCAUCAGCCCCAGGGCCUCGCGCGGCUCCUGGUGACCUCAGAGGGUGCACACAGCGGGGCCUGAGCUGGCAUCAAAAGGUCCAUUCCCUGCACAAAGUUAAUUAAUUGCACUCCCGUUUCUCCCGUGAAGCUUUAGGAAAAAUAUCAUCACCAUCCUUAGCAGGCCAAGGCCUUUGUCCACCCCGAGGGGCCUUGUCCCAAUAGAGCAACCAACAGCCCUACUGGGGUUUUAAUGCUGUCCAGCUCUUUUUUAUGUACAGAAAUGCCAACAUUUUGCCAUUUUCCAUAAUUUCCAGUAUAUCCAGAGUCCAGUGGAUGGGCUCUACCUUGUGAGCACAUCUAGCAGCAAAGAUCUCUGCCUCUCACCGUGGCUGCUGCUCUGGUAAACCCCAAAUCAAGGCUGACUUAUCCCAAACCCUGCUUGUUAUCUUCUCCUGCAAACAUUUUUGGAAGAAGUGACUGCCCUAAAAUACCUUUUCCCAGUACACAGAUGUGAUUUUUCUGUAGUUUUGUGUUUCUUUCUAAAGAAAAGAAUGUGGCUGUAAAUUAGCCAAGAAAAGGAACAGGCAAGUCUGUGAGCCAUUUUUUAUGAAAAGGGUUUGUAUUUAAAACAAGGUGCUUCUGCCUUAAUGUAAAAUUUAAUCAGCAGUUCAACAACAAAUUAAAUAAGCCCAGUGGUGACUACACAGCCUCAAGAUUUCCCAAGGUGCUGUCGUUGUGCUAUGGAGUUGAUUUGAAUGAAUGGGACCUUAUUAAAAAGCAAAUUACCAGAUUUCCACACAACCUAAGCUCAUUUGUGCACCAACCUCUGCCAAACAGCCACUGAGGGAUCAGGAGCGGCCGUCCUGAGCCCUGGACACGAUGGAGAAUUCCUGGUUCUCACCCUCUGCACAAAUUCCCCAGGCACCCCUCCCUGCUGAUGGCAAAGCCGAGCUGGUGGAGCCCAGGGGGGCUUUGGGGAGCACCUGGAGGAAACACAAUCCCAGCCACUGAAAGGGAGCUUGGGAGGAGCAUCGGAGCUUCCAGCAGCAGGGGAAUUUCAGCAUUGCCACUCUGCAGCACCACAGAGAGCUGAAAGCCAUCAGAGAGCGGCUCGAGUUUCACCUGGAUCAGAAUGUUUUGUUUUUCUCCUGCCUCUGAUGAAUUUGAGCUGACAUUUUAUGCUGAUAGCCCUGAUUUGAAACAGCUCUAUCUGGAGAGCAGGUUCCACUGCAGGCAUUCCUGCUGCAUGACAGAUGCAACUGUUCUGAGCCAGCAUUGCUUCCAGUGCCUCCAGCAGCUCCAUUCCAUUCCUCUUCCAGACAUUAAAUGUACAUUUAUACUCAUUAAUGGUAAGGAAAUAAAUCGAUGGGGGAAAUAAAUUCCAUAUUCUCGUAUUUCAUCCGGACAGUUUGCCUUUUUUCUUCAAUUCAAAACCAAGUUUCCAAGGUUCUCCACUGAUUUCUCCAAUACAGAUACCUAUUUUUCAUUAAAAAGAAUCACCUCUGGCUGCAAAGCCUGGCUUCCACUGGAUACUGAUGGAAUUCAAAAACUAAGAAGAAAAUAAAGUUGUCCAUGCACCAGUGGAUAUCAGACUCAGCUCCCAGUGUUCAGCUGGUCUGGUGAAGGUUUGCAGCAAUAAUUUACUGUAUAAAGGCCCAAAAUAGAGUUUUGCUGUGAA